UGGGCAAAUCCAGGUUACAACUUCAAGUCGCUACAACACAUCUCUCCCUGUUUGGAACGUCGUGACUCUGGAAUCAGCUCUCUCUGGGCUCGAACUACCGCCCUGAAACACGAUUGCGCCGUUGUAGUAGGGUAUCCGGAGAAGGUGGACGUGAGCGCAAGAUGGCCAGCGAACCCAGAGCACUACAACUCAGCUCUCAUCGUAAACCGAGAUGGCGAUACUGUUGGCAACUACCGGAAGCUACACCUAUUUUUUACCGAUGAGACCUGGGCACUCCAAGGGCGGGAUGGUUUCUUUCGGGGCAAUGUCGAAGGCUUGGGGAACGUUGCUUUGGGUAUUUGCACUGACAUAAAUCCAUACGAGUUGGAAACACCAUGGGAAGCUUUCGAAUUCGGAUUUCACGUCAUGGAAGCACACGCAAAUGUGGUCAUAAUCAGCAUGGCCUGGCAAUCUCAACAGGAUCCCGGCCAAUACACCCGUCGGCCUCACGAGCCGGAUCUCGAGGCCCUGGUGUACUGGGUUCAGCGUCUUGAGCCUCUGAUCCGGGAGGAUAGUGAGGAGGAGAUUAUCGUCGUCUUUUGCAACCGGACUGGUGCUGAAGACGAUGUGAUGUACUCGGGAACAAGUGCCGUCUUGGGCAUCAGAGGAGGGGAAGUUUACGUGUAUGGGGUCCUCGGACGUGGAGUGAAGGAGUUACUUGUGGUCGACACGGACCAGCCUCCACUCAGCAAGUUGACCGAUGCCUCAGGGGUCGAGGCCGAGAAUCCUUACGCCGAGGAAACCGACGUCGAGACUGAGCCCAUCAAGCGCCGUGCGCAGGCCCUCGAGAUCCAGAUACCGGCCAAGGAGACGCCCAAAGAGCCACCAACAUCGCAUCCGAUCAGCAGUCGCAUAGAGGCUGUGUCAGCAACCCCCAAGUCUGCAUCUUCUGCUCGGUUACCCUGGCUUGCACCAGCUGAGCCUGAUGCCCAGAGUCCCGGCAACCCCCGAUCACCUACUCGACUGCAGAUACCUGUAACACCAGUGCGACCGAGUGCGGAAGAAUUCACUCUCAUCGACAGCGCCAUUGCCGAAGACAUUGCCAUUCCCACAGCAAGAUCAUCGCGGACUCCAAGCCCGGACCUGAAGGCAGCAUCGCGUCCCUCGAGGCUAUCAAUACCAACGACCCCGUGGAAGUUUCGAGACAAGGCCAGCCCUUACCCAUGGCAAUACCGAGAUGGGUCGCAGUCAGCUCUUUUUGGUGGGGGAGCUUGCAUGACGCCAAUAACACCGUUCGAAGUUGAGGAGGGCUGGUUGGGGACACCCAUUGAUGCUAAGCCACCAAACUGGUACUGGAAGCACGAUCACUCACUCUCCGCCGUCAAAGAGGCGAUACAAGAGGAGGAAGAGGUGUCGCCGGGGAGCUCCUCAAAGCCAACCCAGAAGGUGGGAGGGCUUGAACCAGCAAAGACACAGCAAGACGCCUCUAAAGUCCGAGAUGCCACACCGAUCGACACAGAACCGCCAAAUUGGUACUGGAAGCACGAGCCACAGUUGUCUUCUCUUGACGAGAUACUCCACGAGGAAGCAGAAGGUGAACAAACCGAGACAGGAGAGAGCCCCAGACCGGAACAAGCCGCACCGUCAAAACCCACUAGUACCACCGUGGCAGAGGAUGUCUGGGUAGCCACACCCAUCGACAAUGAAGUUCCAGAUUGGUACUGGAAACACGAGCAAACGCUACCCUCCCUCAACGAAACAGCACAAGAGGAGCCUGAAGAGGACGAGCCAGAAGCAAAACAACAAGAAUCAUCCAGACCACGCCAAGUCUCAGCAGAAGACGUCUGGGUAGCAACCCCAAUCGACAACGAGGUCCCAGACUGGUACUGGAAACACGAACAAACACUGCCCUCCCUUGACGAGACAGAAGACGACCCGCCACAGAAUGCCCCCCAACCAGCCACCAUCACCACCACCACCACCACCCCAGCAGAAGAAGAAGAAGAAGAAGAAGAAGACCACACCCCCACCCCCAUGGACGAAGAACCCCCCGAUUGGCACUGGAAACACGAACAGACCCUCCCUCCCCUCAACGAGGAACACCCAUCCCCUUCCCACUCCCAAGACUGGGCAGACCUCUCCUCUGUGUUGACUAGUUUCAAGAUACACCCAAAGUCAGUGUUGAGCAACUCCAGUGCUGCGCAGGAUAUUGGUGCGGAGAGGCCUAGCUCGCCCAAAUCGCGGAAUGCGAGUCGGUCGAGGCAGAUUUAUAGCUCGAUGGAGAAUUAUGAUUGGGAGCAGGGGCAGCAGCAGGCGAGGGGGGGUGGUAUGCAGGUCCUUGGUAGUGGUGGUGGUGGGGUGAGGAAUUUUUUAUAA